ACCUCAACCAAGAACACCACCAACGCCUCUACUCUAUCUACCCCUAGCUUCACGCCUCAACCGCAACAACCCACCACCUAACACCACAACCCUCGCACAACCCUCACUACACACGCACCCUUCACGAGAUGGCAUCGACGGCCGGAUUGACGCGGCGACGAGGAGGAGGUGGCGGCGGUGGUGCCGAUGCGACGGAAGACGGAGAAAGGAGUAGCAGUCCUGCUGCCCCCCGGCCGCAACAGCGCGACAGUAUAGGAACCGGAGAGACGGCGUACACCACCGAGAAUGGACACAAGAUUGCGUACGAUCCUAGAGAUAUCAGCGAAAACCAGGAGAGGAACAAGUUGCCCAAGUUGACGCUUAUGGAGGAAAUAUUGUUGCUAGGCUUGAAGGAUAAGCAGGGCUACCUCUCUUUCUGGAACGAAAACAUCAGUUACGCCCUUCGCGGCUGCAUCGUCCUCGAACUCGCCUUCCGUGGCCGUAUAAGCAUGCAGAAGGAUUCGUCGCGGCGCCGGUACCCGCUCGCCGACCGCGUUAUCGAGGUGGUGGAUGACACGUUGACUGGCGAAGUGCUACUGGAUGAGGCGCUGAAGAUGAUGAAGACCAGUGAGAAGAUGAGCGUUAGCGCAUGGAUUGACCUGAUGAGUGGCGAGACAUGGAACCUGAUGAAGAUCGGCUACCAGCUCAAACAAGUACGCGAGCGCUUAGCAAAGGGCCUAGUCGACAAAGGCAUCCUGCGCACCGAAAAGCGCAAUUUCUUGCUCUUCGACAUGGCGACCCACCCGGUAGUCGAUGGUGGUGCCAAAGACGAGAUACGUCGCCGAGUACGCAACGUACUCACCUCUCGCACUGUGGUCCUGCCGGCAAACCCCUUCCUCCCCGAAGACAUGGAGUACCGAUACCUUCGGACACUGGCGAUGGUAUGCGCAGCCUACGCUGCCAACGUCCUCGAGAACGCGCUUAGUACGCUCGGUCACGAGGCGCGAGAGCGCGCAUUUGCCAACGUCGACGAACUACUCAAUGAGUUCUCGCAGUGGCCGUUUGCAAGGAGGAAUAUGACCUCUGGUGUGGGGCAAAAUCUAGGACAAGUUACAGCGGAGGAAGUGGGUGACAAUAAGGACAAGGAAUUGCAACUAGAGGUCGUGGCGGCGGUAUUGAACGUAUUUACGAGAUUGGAUUCACUACUCUAGCCCUUCCCUUCUGCCGCGCUGUCUGCUUCCUGUCCACCUAUCCGUCUGCCUGCCUGUCUUUUCUUUCUUUUUUCUUUUCUUUCUUCUCUCGUCGUUCUAGGAGUAGUCGGAGUUACCGUAUGAACGAAAACUUCGAAGGCUCUACCGAAAAUACCUACUUCUUAUUUAUUUUUUUCGAUUUGUGUG